AUGUAUGAUUUGUCCAAAGUGCCUUACAUCAUUGCAAAAGAUUUAUUCUCACUUCAGUUAACUCCAAAUCAAUUACUGUACCAACAGAAGCGUUAUCGGGGCAAGAUAAACAUUAAAAAACCAAAAAUAUAUUUUAAGAAAAAGGUACUAAACGAAUUGCUAACUCCGUUCUUUAUCAAUCCCAACAAGGAUAAAUCUCUGGAGCAAUUUUGUAUAGAGUCAGGAGAGAAAGAAAUCGAGAAACCGCUUGGACCUUACGAUCAAAUCAUAGCGAGGGAAGUUCGUAAUUGGUUUGAUAAUUCUAAAAUGGUUGUUUGCUUGCACGUGAACAGUAUAAAAGAGCUGGAUGUAUUCGAUAUUAAGGUUGCAUUAUUCAAAGAAAAUAUGCAUUAUAAGUAUUAUGGGACUCAUAUUAUAAACAAUGUUAUUAAAAAUUCACCUUACGAAGCUCUUGCCCCGUUAGUUAGCAAGUGCACUUCGUUUGUGUUUAGUCCUGUAAUAAAUACGAUUACAUUAGGAAAGAUUAUCAAGAAAAGCAAGAAAAUGUUCAUAAUAGGUGGAGUGUUGGAAGGAUUGGUCUUGAAUUCCAGUGAUUUUCUGAAAUACGGACAAAUGGAUAUGGUGUCAGUACAGUUGGGUUUGGUUCAAGUAUUGCAGAAUGCGGGAGGCCUUAACCUGAAUCAACAACUCACACAUCAUCAGACGAUGUUGGUGUCACGGCUAAAACAGAUCGGUACAAAUGAAACAAUCUCUGACGAUAAGAAAUAA